AUGGCAGACUCGAAGACUGGAAGAUCGCGUGUCUUCUUUGAUAUCACCAUCGGUGGCAGAAACGAAGGCCGAGUAGUCUUUGAAUUGUACAAUGACGUCGUUCCCAAGACUGCCGAGAACUUCCGCGCACUAUGUACAGGCGAGAAGGGACAGGGCAAGGCCGGCAAACCUCUUAGCUACAAAGGAUCCAUCUUCCACCGAGUCAUCAAGAGUUUCAUGAUCCAAGGUGGUGAUUUCACAAACUUUAAUGGCACUGGGGGUGAAUCGAUCUAUGGAGAGAAGUUCGAUGAUGAAAACUUUGAGCUGAAGCAUGACCGACCAUUUCUACUUUCUAUGGCCAACUCUGGUCCUGGCACAAACGGUUCUCAAUUCUUCGUGACUACGGUUCCUACACCCCAUCUUGAUGGUAAACAUGUCGUCUACGGAGAGGUCAUCAAUGGCAAGAAUAUCAUACGGAAGAUCGAGAACCUGCCCACCCAGUCCGACAAGCCUGUUUCGGAUGUGGUCGUGGAAGACUGUGGACAACUUGAAGGCGAGGGCUAUAGCACAGCCACCCAGAAAGCACCCGACUCGACUGGUGACCCCUAUGAAGAUUUUCCGGAUGACCAGGGUGAAAGCAUGAAGGGCGAGGAGUACUACAAGAUUGGCUUGGACCUGAAGGAAUAUGGCAACAAGGCUUUCAAGAGCGGCGACAUUGAGACAGGCAUCGAGAAGUAUCAGAAAGCUCUGAGAUAUCUGAACGAAUAUCCCGCUGCCAACGACAAUGAUCCAAAAGACCUCCAAGGCAAUCUCGAGUCUUUGCGGUUCACCCUUCACAGCAAUUCCGCCCUGCUCGCCAACAAAUCAAAGCGAUAUGCCGAGGCACAGAAGUGGGCUGGUUUUGCCAUUGACGCCACCCCCAAGGAUGCAAAAGACACGGACAAGGCGAAGGUAUAUUUCCGACGCGGACAGGCUUUAGUUGCGACUAAGGACCUGGAAGCUGCAUUGAAGGACUUCGAAACCGCAGCUAAAUUGGCACCCGAAGACGCAGGUAUCAAGAACGAGUUGGCCAAGACCAAAAAGACGCUACAGGACAGCAUCAAAAAGGAGAAGGAAAGCUAUAAGAAGUUCUUCAAUUAG